CUUGAUCUUUUGGUACAGUAAUUCCAUUUAUUUUUGAGAACUCCAAAAAAAUGAUUAUUUUAAUUAAAUCAAAUUUAAAAAAAAAUAUACAAGUGGAAAAACUCCAGGACCCAAGUUGUCUGGUCGAUUUUAAUCUAAAUUUUUUUUUUUUUUGUUGUUGUUCAAGGAUAUUUCACAAUAACCAAGGAUAUUAUUUCGCAAUUUUUUUUCUGAAACUCACGAAUGAUUGGUUUUUUCUGGAAUUUUAUUUCAUUUAUUCUGAUGUUGGUUUGUUGUAGAGAUUGUUUUUGAUUAUUAAUUUUUUUUGUCCACACAUUUAUUACGAAAGUCUCCAUCUCAUUGAAUUUGAACAGUUAGUGGAUUGAUUGAUUGUUGCCAUGCGUUGAUUGUAUCAAGUCAUCAUAUAUAUAUACAUGACACCCACAGGAAACAUUUAUUAUUUUGCAAUUUCAAUCAUGUUCACCAAUUCAUUAUUAAUAUUCAAUCCAAAUUCUUUGAUCGAAUUGAACAUAGUGACCAUUAUUUCAUUCAUUUUUACAUUAUUCAUUGGUCAUUAUCUGUUUUUCGUUGUUAAAAAACCUAGAUUGGUUUGCCGUAAUGUUAAAUUUCGAAAUUUUCUCAUCACAAAUUGUCCAAUUAUUCAGGAAAAAUAUUGGCCAACCAUUUGGUGUUAUGAAUCACAUUUGAUGAGCACUUUAUCGACAGCAUUUCGCCGUUUACGUGCACCAAUCAUAAAAUAUAAAAGGGAAACAAUUCCAACACCAGAUGGCGCCGUUUUACAUUUGGAUCAUCAUCAAAAUGAUGACGAUGAUGAUGACCAUUGUCAAAUUGCAUUAUUCAUGUCUGGACUUACUGGAUCAUCAUCAUCUGAAUACAUAACACCAUUGGUCAAGAUUGCCUCAAAAAUUGGUUAUCAUUCAAUAGUUUUGAAUGCACGUGGUACUGGCAAUAAUCAUUUACAAACACCACGUGUUUAUUGUUGCGCCAAUGAUGAUGAUCUACGAACAUGUUUAGCACAUUUACGACGAAAAUAUCCAUCAAAUAAAUUAAUAGCCAUUGGAUUAUCAUUUGGUGGCAUAAUAUUGUCAAGAUAUCUAAGUUUAACUGGAAAAGAAUCGAAAAUUGAUUCAGCAUUCAUUGUAUCGGUUUGUUGGGAUUUUAUGCCAAACUGUGAUAAUCUUGAACGAUGGACAAAUUUACCAUUUAAUCGAUAUCUAACUCGGUCAUUGAUUGAAAUUGUUGAACAGAACAAAAAACUUUUUGAACAAAUGCCAAACGUUGAUCUAAAACGUGUAUUUAGUUCACAAACAUUACGUGAAUUUGAUGAUCAAUUCACUAGCAAACAAUUUGGUUUCAAAAAUGCCAACGAUUAUUAUCGUGCUAGUAGUAAUAGUGAACGUGUUCAUCGUAUUGAAAGGCCAACAUUAUGUUUGAAUGCAUUUGAUGAUAUGUUUUCCAUUGGACCAACAUUGCCAUGCAAACGAAUCGAAAAUGAAAGCAAUCAUGUUGCCAUGUUAAUCACUGAACGUGGUGGCCACAUUGGUUUUAUGGAUGGUAUAUGGCCAAUGUCAAAAUCAUCUCGACCAUUUUAUCUUGAACGUUUAGCUGAACAAUAUUUGCGAGCAUUCUAUCGUAAUAUGGACAAAGAUUUUCUUUUAAAUUUUUGAAAUUUUAGAUUUUUUCUUUUUUAGUUUAGUUUAGUUUAUAAUUAUUAUUAUUAUUAUUUGUUAUAAAACAAAAUUGACCAUCACACAUACACAUUGUGAUUAAAUAUUUGGCGCCUUGAA